AUGAGCAAGCCAGGUGGGCUCGCCUUCGGGCUGAAUACCUCGAAGAAGGGUGGCCUUGCAAAGCCUCUAGCGGGACGAGCCAUGUUUGGUGGCGACGAUUCCGAUGAAGAUAACAACGAUAGCCUCAAUGGCGGAGAUCAUAACGCAGCUUCCGCGAUAUCAUCGAAAGCCAAAAAGUCUAGCGCUCCUCUCACACAACCGCCUAAGCUCAAGUCGAAACCUGGCGUUAACGCAAUGUUUGGAGAUCUGUCGAGUGCCUUAACAUCGAGAAAGAAUGCUGAAGCUGCUGCCGAGGUUGAUUCUAGCGUCUACGAAUAUGACAAUGUCUACGACUCGUUUAAACCGAAGAAGGAAACCAAACAGGAGGACAUCGAGCGAAAACCGAAAUACAUGCGCAAUCUGAUUAAUGCAGCUGAGGUUCGCAAACGAGAUGCAUUGAUUGCUGAAGAAAAGAAGAUUGCACGUGAAAGAGAGGCGGAGGGCGACGAGUUUGAAGGAAAGGAGAAAUUCGUCACUGCUGCGUACAAGAAACAACAGGAGGAGAACAGGAGGAUAGAGGAAGAGGAGAAGAGAAGGGAAGAGGAAGAAGCUAAAAAGAACCAAGGAUCAGGCAUGACCACGUUUUACAAGACGUUGCUUGAAAAGGACGAGGCUCGGCAUGCUGCAUCUGUCAAAGCUGCGGAAGAAAUGGCUAAGAAUGGUCCCAAGGAUGCUACGACGCCCGCCGAGGCCGAUGAUCUAGACGCAGAUAAAGAUGCAGCUACUCGGGCAAAAGAGCUCAACAGUCAUGGUGCCUCUGUGGACAUUAAUGACGACGGCCAAGUUGUAGACAAGCGCCAGUUACUAAAGGGAGGCUUGAACGUUGGCGCUAAGAAGAAGACGCCAGUCGCACAAGAGACGCAGCGCUCUAGAGAACCGGAUUCAAGGCCAAAUUACAACUCUGGACAGCAUGGUCGCCGGCAGGCCAUGCGCGAACGUCAAUCACGAAUGAUGGAAGAGCAGCUGGAACAGUCUCUCAAGCGGUCACUGGAGGAGGAGACGGCGCAAAAGGAGGAAAUGGAACGCAAUACCAAGAGCCGCAAGACGGAAGGCGAAAUUUCAAGCGCCAAGGAACGAUACCUCGCCCGAAAACGCGCUGCUGAAGAGGCAAAGAAACAAGGCAGCGGAGAGUCAUAG